AUGGUUUACUUCUUCCGUUCCCAACCAGAUGUAUUCCAAACCCAUUACUCGAUUAUAACAGGUAAGGAUAAGCAUGAAAACGAUUUGUUAAUUAAACAUGGUUUCAGAGAUCUGAAUUACAUCUGGUUCCAUACCGAUCGGUACGCUAGCGGACACAUAUAUCUUCAACUUCAUGCGAACCAGAAGACCAUAGAAGAAGUACCUAAGGAAGUAAUUCAGGAUUGCUUACAACUUUGCAAGUCUGAAUCAAAAGAAGGCAAUAAACUGUCUCAGUGCACAAUUAUUGGUACUCCAUGGCACAAUUUGAGGAAGGCAGGCUAUAUGAAGCCAGGUGAGGUCUCAUUUAAGUCAACCAAAGCAGUAAAGAAGAUGGAAUGCUUUGGUAGGGACAAUCAGACCCUUAAUAAACUGAAAAAAUCGAGAGUUGAGAUAGUUAACAACGUAGAGACUCUCCUUCAUGAGGCCAAGCGAAGUAAGGACAGAGAAUAUCUCAAUAAGUACGUAGAGGACAAUCGCGAAAGGUUGCUAGAGGAAGAAAACCAACGAAAACUAGCCAAAAGAAAACUUAAGAGACACUAA